AUGGGAGACAGAGAGAGACGCAGGCUAGAGACACGGUCGGAGUCCGCGGGACCGAGAGCCGGGGUCAGCGCCAGCGACCUGACAGCGUGUCCCGCAGCCGGGAGGGGGCCCGGGCCGGGCGCCCGCGGGUUAUACGAGCUGCUGCUCUGCCUGCUGCUGCUCCCGCGCCCCGGCCGGCCGCUGGACUUGGCCGACUACACCUACGAGCUGGGCGACGAGGACGACUGGGAGCCCCCCAACUACAAAGACCCCUGCAAGGCGGCUGCCUUUCUUGGGGACAUUGCCCUGGACGAGGAGGACUUGAGGGCCUUCCAGGUGCAGCAGGCUGCAGUUCUCAGACAGCGCGCAGUCCGUAGGUCUUCCAUCAAAGUUGCAGUGCCAGGAAACUCUUCUGCCCCCUGCUGCAAGAGCACAAGUGGGCAGCCUCGGAGGGAAGCCCGUGGGAGAUGGAGAGGCAGGUCCCGGAGCCGGCGGGCAGCAACCUCCAGACCAGAGCGUGUGUGGCCCGAUGGGGUCAUCCCCUUUGUGAUUGGGGGAAACUUCACUGGCAGCCAGAAGGCAGUCUUCCGGCAGGCCAUGAGGCACUGGGAAAAACACACCUGUGUCACCUUCCUGGAGCGCACCGACGAGGACAGCUAUAUAGUGUUCACCUUCCGACCCUGCGGGUGCUGCUCCUACGUGGGUCGCCGCGGCGGGGGCCCCCAGGCCAUCUCCAUCGGCAAGAACUGUGAUAAGUUCGGCAUCGUGGUGCACGAGCUGGGCCACGUCAUUGGCUUCUGGCACGAGCACACGCGGCCCGACCGGGACCGCCACGUCUCCAUAGUACGGGAGAACAUCCAGCCAGGGCAGGAGUAUAAUUUCCUGAAGAUGGAGGUGCAGGAGGUGGAGUCCCUAGGGGAGAACUAUGAUUUCGACAGCAUCAUGCACUAUGCCCGGAACACGUUCUCCAGGGGAAUCUUCCUGGACACCAUCGUCCCCAAAUAUGAGGUGAAUGGGGUGAAACCUCCCAUCGGCCAAAGGACCCGGCUCAGCAAGGGGGACAUUGCCCAGGCCCGCAAGCUCUACAAGUGCCCAGCCUGUGGAGAGACCCUACAAGACAGCACGGGCAAUUUCUCUUCCCCUGAGUACCCCAAUGGCUACUCCGCCCACAUGCACUGUGUAUGGCGCAUCUCGGUCACACCUGGGGAGAAGAUCAUUCUGAACUUCACGUCCAUGGACCUAUACCGCAGCCGCCUGUGCUGGUAUGACUAUGUGGAGGUCCGAGAUGGCUUCUGGAGGAAGGCGCCCCUCCGAGGCCGGUUCUGCGGGGGCAAACUCCCCGAGCCCAUUGUCUCCACCGACAGCCGCCUCUGGGUCGAAUUCCGCAGCAGCAGUAAUUGGGUUGGCAAGGGCUUCUUUGCCGUCUACGAAGCCAUCUGCGGGGGUGAUGUGAAAAAGGACAAUGGCCAUAUCCAGUCUCCCAAUUACCCAGAUGAUUACCGGCCCAGCAAAGUCUGCAUCUGGCGGAUCCAAGUGUCCGAGGGCUUCCACGUGGGCCUCACCUUCCAGUCCUUUGAGAUCGAGCGCCACGACAGCUGUGCCUACGACUACCUGGAGGUACGGGACGGGCACAGUGAGACCAGCACCCUGAUCGGGCGCUACUGUGGCUAUGAGAAGCCCGAUGACAUCAAGAGCACAUCCAGCCGCCUCUGGCUCAAAUUUGUCUCGGAUGGAUCCAUUAACAAAGCGGGCUUCGCUGUCAACUUUUUCAAAGAGGUGGACGAGUGCUCUCGGCCCAACCGCGGGGGCUGUGAGCAGCGAUGCCUCAACACUCUAGGCAGCUACAAGUGCAGCUGUGACCCUGGGUAUGAGCUGGCCCCGGACAAGCGCCGCUGUGAGGCUGCCUGUGGAGGAUUCCUCACAAAGCUCAAUGGCUCCAUCACCAGCCCAGGCUGGCCCAAGGAGUACCCCCCCAACAAAAACUGCAUCUGGCAGUUGGUGGCCCCCACCCAGUACCGCAUCUCCCUGCAGUUCGACUUCUUUGAGACCGAAGGCAAUGACGUAUGCAAAUACGACUUUGUGGAGGUGCGCAGUGGACUCACAGCUGACUCCAAGCUGCAUGGCAAGUUCUGUGGCUCCGAGAAGCCCGAGGUCAUCACCUCCCAGUACAACAACAUGCGCGUGGAAUUCAAGUCUGACAACACCGUGUCCAAAAAGGGCUUUAAGGCCCACUUCUUCUCAGACAAGGACGAAUGCUCCAAGGAUAACGGCGGCUGCCAGCAGGACUGCGUCAACACAUUCGGCAGCUAUGAGUGUCAGUGUCGCAGUGGCUUCGUCCUCCAUGACAACAAACACGACUGCAAGGAAGCCGGCUGUGACCACAAGGUGACAUCCACCAGUGGCACCAUCACCAGCCCCAACUGGCCUGACAAAUAUCCCAGCAAGAAGGAGUGCACAUGGGUCAUCUCCAGCACCCCUGGGCACCGGGUCAAGCUGACCUUCGUGGAGAUGGACAUCGAGUCUCAGCCUGAGUGUGCCUAUGACCACCUGGAGGUGUUUGACGGGCGCGAUGCCAAGGCACCUGUCCUUGGCCGCUUCUGUGGAAGCAAGAAACCUGAGCCUGUCCUGACCACAGGCAGCCGCAUGUUCCUGCGCUUCUACUCUGACAAUUCGGUCCAGCGGAAGGGCUUCCAGGUGUCCCACUCCACAGAGUGUGGGGGCCAGGUGCAGGCAGAGGUGAAGACCAAGGACCUUUACUCCCAUGCCCAGUUUGGGGACAACAACUACCCAGGGGGAGUGGACUGCGAGUGGGUCAUUGUGGCUGAGGAAGGCUACGGUGUGGAGCUCGUGUUCCAGACUUUCGAGGUGGAGGAGGAGACCGACUGCGGCUACGACUACAUGGAGCUCUUUGAUGGCUACGACAGCACAGCCCCCAGACUGGGGCGCUACUGCGGCUCAGGGGUGAGGCCCCCCACUACCCUCCACCCUUCUGGUCCCGAUCCCAAGACCCAGUGCUGAUGCUGGCAGAGCCCCUGGAAGUGUGGAGAGUUAAGAUGGCCCUAUAUGCCCGGCCCUUGCAGGAACCGGGACACCCAGCCUGGCCCCCAGCCAGGAAACCCAAUCCUUUCUGGGCUACACAGAGGUUCCUGCAGCCUCUGGCACAGGCCCUGCCCUGACCCAGGCCUGCUCAGAACCAGUUUGGUUGGGCCUGCAGGUAGCUUGUGUCUGGGGAGCAGGAUAGAGUUCCCCCUGACCCCUCAGCCCCUGCCCCUGUCCCUAGGCAGUUCACCAGAGCCUGGAGUCAGAGGCAAGGCUGGGGCCAGAGCCAGGGACAGGGGGCCUGAGCUGAGUGGCUCUCUCCAGUCCUUCUGGCUGAGCCAUAAAAACACCCUGUCUUUUCUGCCAGUUUCUCCUCCUGGUGAGAGGCCAGCUUGUCCCAAAGCCGAUGCUGCUGCUGCUGUCUAAGCAGACCCUGAGCAUCGCUUCUUGGUCCAUAAAACAGCCCUUUGAGAGUCAGCAGGUGAAAGUCUGCUUAAUGGGCUUUAACUAAGUCCAUGGGCUGACCACAUACGUGGAUUUAUUUUCCUCCCAAUAAGAGCUUGUGGCUUUUCUUUUU